AUGCCUGAGAACAUGUGGAAUGCAGACUCAGUCACUGGCAGCAACUCUAGCGUUGUUGUUCAGUUUAAUCUUGUGUCCCAAUUGCCGAUAAAGGUUGUUUGCAGCCAUAAUUUCUCCACACAGAAAGCCAAGAUUUCGAUGCUCAUACGUGGGCACAAUCUGUUCGGCCAUCUUGAUGGCUCUUCUUCUGCUCCUUCGACUACUCUCACACAAUAUAGCAGACAAGUGGCGAACCCGAAAUAUAGCAUCUGCCUUCAUGACCAGCUCGCACGCCUAUCAAAAGACACACGUUCAGUAGCUGAUUAUCUCCAUCAAGUGUGCUCUAUCUGCAACGAGCUUGCCACCGCUGGCGCUAUAGUCACCAAUGAUGAGUUGGUAGUGAAAAUUCUAAGUGGUCUUGGGUCAGAUUUUCAUGACAUUUCUGCUGUAAUUCGAGCAAGAGAUUCCAUCAUCUCGUAUGAUGAGUUGUAUGCAAAACUAAUUGACUAUGAGAUCUUUCUUAAACAUGAGGAAUUGAAGAAAGAAACUAGUGCAGUAACUGCUGCUAUGUUAUGCAACAAACAAAGUCAUACUGCAAAUGGUUACCGGUCACAGUCUCACAAUCACUUAGAGGCAAAGGCAAAUUUUCUUUCAGGUAAUCAAGCUGCAGAAAAUCAAUGGAUUGUCGACUCCGGUGCUACUCAUCAUGUGACAACAGAGCCUACCAAUUUUAAAGAAUAUCAUGGUUCAAAAGGCAUAGAUAUGGGAGAUGGACUUGAAAACGCGGGCUCAACUAGUCUCCGGGGGAAUAGGAAUGGACUCUAUGAAUGGCCCAAUUUCACAGUGAAUAAUUCUACUGUUCGAGUUGUCACUACAGCGGUUCCUCGCCAAGUCUGGGGUGAAUAUAAGAGUCUUGAUCCAUAUCUCAAUUCAAAUGGAAUCGAACACCUUGUAUCACCUCCUCAUACACCUCAAAGAGUGUCCAUAGCUGAGCAUCGUGAUCAGCACAUUGUUGAAACUGCCAAAACGCUUUUACACGAGGCAUCCCUAUCAGCAAAUUUUUGGUCGUUUGCUUGUCAACAUGCAGCCUAUCUCAUUAAUCGAUUACCCACACAGCUCUUAAACAAUACAUCGCCAUAUGAAAACAACCCCAAUCUUUUGUCCCUUCACAUAAUACAACCCCCAAUAUUAUCACCUACCAUCGUCGAAAAAAAUGUCAAUUCUGCCACCUGGUUCUACAACACAACCAACAAGUUUUUCCCACCUCUUCUGUUCCCACCUUUUCCUCCAACUCGCUCAACCACGCGAUCACGAAAUAAUAUUUUCUGCCCCAAGAGACCAUUCAAUUAUCUUGUCCAACUUCCUGUCGUUGUUGCUCCUCAUACCUUCAGGCAGGCUCUAAAGCACCCAGAGUGGAGGUUAGCUAUGAAAGAUCAAUUUGAUGCGUUAAUUCGAAAUCAAACGUGGGAAUUGGUUCCUCGGGGUCCUAAUAAGAAUGUUGUUGAUUGUAAGUGGAUAUACAGGAUCAGAAAGAAAGCUGAAGUAAAACUCAAUUGGUAUUCACUCAGCGGCCAGGUCUUGAUUACCACUGCACUUUUAGCCCAGUUGUCAAGCCUACGACCAUUCGUGUUGUUCUUUCGCUUGUAG